GAGGCCCGGGCCGAUGUCAAGGAGCGUUGGGGCAGGCUGUCUCGCGAAGAGAAGGAUGUUUGGAAUGCGCAGGCAGCAAGUGCCGCGGUGACGGCCAAGCUGAACAAGUCGCUGGCGAAGGCAAAGGCCAAGGCUUUGGCAGCACAAGCAGCGCCUCCGUUGGAGCAGUCAGCGGCGCUGCCCAUGUCAGGAGGCGAGCCUCUUUUGGCGCUGCCAGGGAACAGCGGUGCUGCUGGGAACCCGUUUGUUUGGAAUCUUUCUCUUUGCGACGCCGAUGCCCGGGCCAUGACCAAGUGCACAUCCAGUGUGGACAGCCUGCUGGACCAUCUGCAGAACAACUACCUGCAGACUGUGAGCAAGGAGGAAGCGGCCCUGUCUAUGUGGCCGCUGGCAGAAUCCAACAUUCUGGCCGCCCUGCUGAGCCUGAAGUGCAGAGGCGUCACGCUGAAGCAAGCCGUCCAGCAAAUAGCCGCCACUUCCAAUUCUGUGGCAGGGCCGAAAAGCCCUGAGGACCGUGUUCCGGAGAAGGUUAAGUACUUCCGCAGAUGCCCCCCGAUGUGCCUCAACAACAGCACGUCUGAAGCUGCCUACAUGUACAAAACGUUGCUCGCCAAAUUGUACGAGCUGUGCGAUGGCUUUGAGUCAGCAGCUGACGCCGUAAGCUCCGACAUGCUGCUCCGAGUUACUUCCGCAGUCGGCCGCACGACCUGUGACCGCUACUUUCUGCUUGCCAGUCUGGCCUACCAGGGCAACCAGCAGCGCGUGCAGUCUUACGCUGUCCUCCAGAAGCUGGAAACGCGGAGGGCGCAGCUUCAGUUGAGUUUGGUGACAGAGGCCCAUGUUCAUCAAGAGGUGCGUUGGCCAGCCUCGCUGGAUCGUGCAAAUCUUGAUGGCGAAAAGAUUGUGACGUGGACGGCUGAGCAACUGGCAGCCAAGGCUAUCUACAUUGAGCAGGAUUUCCUGGCUGACCGUUUGGCAGAGAAAAUACAGGUGAGACAGUUGCGGUUCCAGGACGUGUCGAGGUCCGUUGUUGCGGUGAAGUCAGCCCUGCCCACCAUCAUCCAAAUCAAGCUGUCUGACCUGUCGGAAGCCGCGGCAGAUCCACCUGGUGAUGUGGACACUCACGAAGGGAGGCAGGAGCGGAGCGCUGCGCAGGCGGCUACGCGAGCUGUCGCAGAUGCCGCCGCAGCCAGCAAGAAACCAAGGACUGAUGCAGGCGCAGCUGACAAGUACGAUGCCUCGAAGUUUCGGGAUCAACUGAUGGCGGAAAUGCUUGCUGCCCUUGAUUUACCUGAUCACGUCGGGGCGUCACGGGAAGCCCAUGAAUUCGAGGGCUUGAUCAGCCCCGCAAACAUGCAGGCGUUGGUGCAGUUGGAGGACUACUGCAAAACUUCGGACUCAGGGGAAACCAGCCAGGAGCAUCAGUCGAGCCCUUCAGAUACUUGGUGA